AUGCUUCAAAGAUUCGGUGAGAGUGUUAUAUUUUUGACAAAGAGGACGUUGCCAAACUACAUCUUAAACGAACGCGACCCGUCAAUAAAAAACUAUGGUGGUCGAAAAAUUGAAUGGUUCAAUUGGAAUGUAUACAUGCCAGGAUUUGUUUGCCGCUGUGCCAGAAAAGCGAUGGAGCAAGGCUACGAUGUGUUUGGGGUUCAAUUCUACGGCGAAUGCUGGGCAGGGCACAAAUCAAAUAACGACUACAUGUCCCUGGGUAGGGCAGAGGCAGACAAAUGUUUAGGGGAUGAUUAUAAACCAUGUGGUGCAUUCGAUCGAUUUUGCGUAGGAAAACAAUGGAGCAACAUGGUGUACGAGAUCGUUGACACAACAUGUAGCCUUCAAUACGAGAAGGUUGGCUGUUUCAGGGACAGACACAGAAACCCGCGACCCCUGCCAAAUUACUUGAUGAACGAUCGCGAUGUGUUCCAUAAAAAAUUUAGCGGGAAGCUCAUCGACUGGAAGAACUGGGACACUUAUCUCCCAGACUUGGCUUGCAGAUGUGCCAAGAAGGCACAAGAAAAAGGCAUGACCUUCUUCGGUUUGCAAUUCUACGGGGAGUGCUGGAGUGGAGACGAUGGUCAUAACACGUUUGCCUUGGAUGGCCUACACAAGGCCUGCACUGACCAAUGUUAUCAGCCGUGUCGGCGCUACAGCAAAUUCUGUGUCGGACAAAACUUUGCAAACUAUGUCUAUAAAAUAAAGAGCGAAAAAUGUGAGAUUGAAGUUGAGGCAGUUGGUUGCUUCAAUGAGGUGCGAAAUGAUCGAGCUUUGGGCGAAGAAAUCUACAACGAAGUGGACCCAUCCAGCUCAGUGUUUGCGGGGCAUAUGAUAGACCCGAAAGACUGGAAAAAUGACUUUCCUGUGUUCCUCUGCAAUUGUGCCCGUAAUGCGAAGGCCAAGGGAUACGAUCACUUUGGUGUCAACAAUUUUGGGUCAUGUUGGAGCGAUGAAGUUGCCGCAGGGAGGUACAAUUUACAUGGCGAAUCUUCUCUCUGCUAUGAAGGUGACACCAGCAGCAAUGGAGUUCCCUCUCCUCAGUGUCCACAUGGCUCCAUGCUGUGCACUGGCGGACCAGUGACUAAUUACAUUUACAAGAUCGCGGAAUCUGGAAAGUGAUUUCACUAAUUCUGGCAAGUGAUUUGAAGCUUUU